AUAAUGCAUACAUUAGCAGUUAUCCCAAAAAAGGAAACAGAUAGCAAUAGCAAAGAGAUGUCUCUCAAUAUCCCUCCAUCUGAGACAGAUAUGGCCACUUCAAGUUUCAUCAGCAAAAAAAAUGGGCGCAUAAAACGUCCUAUGAAUGCAUUUAUGAUAUGGGCCAGGAUUCACCGCCAAAUGAUUGCACGGUCAAAGCCAGAUCUCUGCAACAAAGAUAUCAGCAUUCAUUUAGGAUAUGAAUGGCGAAAACUAACAGAGGAGCAGAAAAAGCCUUAUUACGACGAGGCCUUCAAAUUAGAUAGACAACACCAGGCAUUGUUUCCAGACUGGAAAUACGAGCCAAAACGUUGGAACAAAAAAUACUCGGACGAGUCCGCUCAAAUGCCCAGCUUUUCUCAAUGCAAAGAAAGUCAAACACUGGUACAUGAGAGCAAAAUACCUGCCUUGGUAUGCAAUCAGCCACUUAAUGACACACACGACAGAGGAGGAAAGUUACAGCACAAUAAUGAUCCAUUCUCCAAUCAGCAACCAAAUCAGAUACCGGUGCCUCCCACCAGGACUAAGCCAACCGGGGUCCUGGCGCUCACACAUAAACCUCGUACUUCAGCCAUAUGCAGUUCAUCACAAGCAGAAUCUACAUUUCCUAACAAUGGAGGAGGAAAGUUAAAGCAAAAUAAUGAUCCACUCUCCAAUCAGCAACCAAAUCAGAUACCAGUGCCUCCCACAAGGGUUAGGCAGCCUGCAAGGCAGGUAGAUCAGGCCUUGAACCCGGAGAAUUCAUCACAAGCCAACCGUAAUAACCAAUGCCUGACUAAUUCAGUACAUGGCAACUUCCUUGUUCCCGAUCUCCAUGUUAACAGAGGAUAUCACAGGGAUCCUUCAAGUGCCUUGCCAACACCCAUGCCUAUCCAUCCUACUAUGGCUUCCCUCCCUUUCUAUCCAGGCCAUGCUUAUCCACUUUAUUAUUUAGGAUUUUCUGACUAUUGUACCAGUCCUCCAUAUUUUGAGUACUACCAUGCCUUUCAUCCAUCUGGACCUCAUUUCCUUCCACUCAGCACCUGCCUGCUUUGCCAUCGUCUACCUGAAUACAGGCCCACUAUGCCACAAUGCCAGAGCUAUUUGGGAGGAUUUCAUCCACAGCCUGAAACAUCAUUUAGUGGUCUGAAUAGAGACUUUGGUUACCUGUCACUUGUCCAGCAAGGAGUCAUGGGAGAAAGUGAAAGCAGCACCUACAUUCAAGCACAAGCACCCUUUUACUCUCAGAACAUCCAUGUGGUUGACAGAGAAGUGGAGGGACCCAGUGUUUUGCAGAUGCUGUAGAUAUCUAAGCUACAUUGCAGAGUAUGCAAAAAGCACACAAACACAUUUGAAGUGAUAUAAAUAUGCUGUGUGCACAUGUGAAAUGACAUGGCUAGUGUAGUUUCAUAAAUUCAGCUAUUCAAAAGUGGGUGGCAAAUAGGGUCCAA